AUGAUGGAGGAUAGAGAGGAAGAAUGUGAAGCCGCAGCAGACUUGCGGAAUAAAGCAGAAAGUCGAGCGGCCACUCUUCAAGAGAAACUCGACCGCCGUGGGAAGAAGGAGGUCGCUCAACUUCAAAAAGAAGUGGAAGCAUGGUCCAUCAAAUAUGAAGCCAGAGAGAAAGAUUACAACCAGGCGAUCAAACUGGCCGUUGAGGUGCAGAAUGAAUUGAGGGAGGAGGUCAGAGUCCUCAAAAUGAGAAUUGAUGAAGGAGCGGACGCGGAGACCCUCCGACUCAGGGAGGAAGUUGGACGGCUCCGUCAAGAGCUCCAAAACAAAGAUGACCAAAGUGGACCGGCUUUCCGAGAAGCCCUGGAGAUGGUGAAUGCCGCUAAGGCUGAAACAAAGCGUGUUCAAGUCGAGCUCGACGAACAACGAGCGAGGAACACGGAGGAGAUGAGGAAUUCGGGACAAAAAAUGAUGGAGAUCGAAGAGGAGGGAAGACGCCGGUUUGAAAAGUUUGUGGAAGACGAAGAGAAGAAGCGGAAAGCCAGAGAAGAUGAAUAUGUUGAAGGGUUGAAAAUGGCAAGGAGAAUGGUGGACGAAGCUAAUGCAAAAAGAGAAGAAGCAGAGCGCACCGCAGCAGUCACCCGAAAAAGUGCUCAGGGGGAGGUCGAUGCUCCACUGAAGCUCAAAUAUGAGCUCAAAAACCAAGAGGUUGAAGAUUUGAAGGAGAAGGUGAGAUCGAUGUCGAAGAAACUCUCCAAUCCGGAGCACAAGAAGCAGGAAAUUCGAGAAUUGAGAGAAAACCUGGCAGCGAUGUCAGAGGAGUUGAGCAAUCUGAAGAGGGAGAAUCUGGCUCUCCGAACAGAUAGAGAUGGAGUCAUCACGGUAGACUGA